AUGGCGGUAGUUGAGAAUGGAAAGCCCAUAGAAAGUGUGAAAGACAGACCCAACGGACAUGCCAUCGGCCAUGUUGCACGGCGCAGUUCGCCUCGUCGUCAGGGCUGGACAUUCUGGACUUUCAACAAUCUUGCCAGGUUGACCAUCUGGUAUGCCCUCUUGACCAUCGUAUUCAGGUGUCCGUCAACGCCCAAGGACCUCACCGAUACCUCUCCUCAGAUAUGCAAAUCCUACUUGACCGCAAAAGCCUAUGCCCAACCUCAUCUACAGCCCUACUAUGAUGACUACGCAGCACCCUAUGUCACAAAGGCCCAACCUUACGCCGACCUGGUCAACAAACGGGUGAUUGGACCUGCUUCACUCAUUGCCAGGCGUAAUUAUGAGAAGUACGCUGCUCCACAAAUUGAUGCUGCAAAGGUCUACUCGCAAGCCCAGUGGGAGAAGUCGGUUGUGCCACAGAUCACCAUUGCACAAGGGAACGCCGCCAAGUUGUAUAAUACGAACGUUGCUCCCCAUGUGGAAAAAGCAAGGAGUCUGAUCGGACCAUACUAUACCACGACCCGAGAUCUAGCCUACAAGAUCUAUCACGAACAUGUCCUUCCUUCUGCGAAGUAUGCGAGGCCUCAUCUCGAGACUGCCUACAACUCUACCCAGACGUUCGUCGCCGACACCGCAUAUCCAUUGGCGCGACAUACGUGGUCUGAGCUGGUCAUCUUCGUGGAUGGAACUUUGUGGCCAUUCCUGAAGGGCUUGUACAUUGACAACGUCCGACCUCAGCUCGUCAUGAUCAACGAGAGAAUUGCCAAAUACCAGGAGAGCCGAAAAUUGAAGGCUGCCAUGGACGAAGUUGAUGAAACACGGUCGGCAUCUGGAUCCCCAACAGCCACAACUCCCAUUGCAACAGCCGUAAUGGAUGACGUCUACGCAAUGUUCGAGUCCGAUGACCUGGCAUCCUCGACGGCAACCGGUGCAAAGCCCCAGUCAACAGUCCAGCCGCCUGUGAGACCGCCGCCUGAGAUUGCUACCGAAGAAAAGAUUUCCGAAGACCUCCAAAACUGGCAAAAGAAAUUCGCUGUAGCAGCCGACAAAGGGAGCGACGACCUUCGCGAGAGGGUCGCCUCCAUAGUCGGCAGCCUUGUCAAGAGCGAUAUUGAUGGAGUCGGUCGAAGAUUGCAAACCGCGUUGGAAAAGACAGUGGAGAACGAGUUGGAGAACGUCAAAGCGAAAACCAAGUCAACCAUUGCGUCCCUCCCUGAUGAUGCGAGUGCCGAGGAGGUCAAGAAGGCGGCGGAGGACAUUUUAGCCGCCAUCAGAACGUCGGGCGUCGAGAUCAAGGAGCGUGCAAAAAAUGUGCGCGACUGGGCCCAGAGCUUUGAGACUGCUUUAGUCCAGCGCCUUGCCGCCGCCUCCGCCUCGACUCUGGAAGUCUUGGAUGGUAUCAAAGAUCUUGGCCUUCAAGAGGUGGGCAUGCGUUGGGCAUGGAUGGAGGGCGUCACCUACAAACACUGGGAGAAAUUCCAUGAGGUCCGAAGGCAACUUGACGAAUGGAAGGACGAGGUUCGGAAUGUUGCCAUGGAGCAUCCAGAUACACAACAGGCGGUCGCUGCUGCCCGACAAAUCUUGGAAGAAGGCAUGGCCAUGACCGAAGAUGCCGCCAAAGAGCUGGUAAGGCUGAAAGGUGUUGCACAAUGGAAGCUAAAGGCCCGGGAUGCCACGGAUGAUUUCGAGACACGAAGCGUCCCCGCUGAAGCUGUCUCUGCUGCCUCGAGUCUAGCAGCUGAGCUUCAGGGUGCAACCGCCCAAGGCGUAAGAUCGGCGCAAUCUGUCUUAUCUCAAGCAAGCGAAGCUGUUGGAGGUGCAGCCUCGUCCGUUUCGUCCGCAGUCAAAGGCACCAGUACUGGCAGCUUCGAGUCGGCGUCUUCAAAAGCAAGUGACGUGGGAGCAGCAGCCGCUUCGCAGGCGUCAUCUGCUGCAGGAGCUUUGUCAUCAGAUUCGGUGAAGUCCAUGGCGUCCCAACUCGAAACAUCAGUGGCGAAUGCCUAUGAAGCCGCUUCUUCGGCAGCAGCAGGUGUUGGGGCCGGGGCUGCCGGGACCGCCCUUCCUCAGGCAGCAUCGUCCGGCUCAAGUUUGGCUGAAGGAGUCCUAGACUCCGCCGCUUCUGCGACGGAUCGUGUUGGCAGCUCCGUCUCCUCGUUUGUGGAGAAUCUUGCAUCACCGUCCACCACGUUGGCAUCGUCGAUCAUCUCUGGAGCAGAAGAAGGAGCCAGCUCUGUGUCGUCCACUGUAAGCUCCGGUGCCAGUCAGGUGUCAUCCAAGGUCUUUGCUGGCGCCAUGGCGCAGGAGGUCAAAGGCUCCAUUCCCAUUCUGGAUGAUGUGUUCGAAGACAAUGAAGAUUCGACCUUUUCUGAGAAGGUGCAAAACAUCAUCAACAAUGCUGGAGAUCGAUAUGCCGAAGUUACACGAGCGGUCUCCGAAGCAAUGUUUGGAGCGACUCCAGGAACCGCGGAGAGCAUGACCUCGGUUGCCAGCGAACACUACGCAAGUGCCUUGGCUGCUGCGUCAAGCGUGCUGUACGGGACACCCCAAGGAACAGCAGAAAGCAUUGCCAGUGUUGCGUAUGAUAAGUAUGACCAGGCGGUGGCUGCUGCGAGUUCCGCCAUCUAUGGCACUCCAACUCCAGUGACUGAUUCGCUCCUCCAGCAAGCCAGCUCUCUCUACAGUGACGCUGUGAGCCGAGCGGGAGACCAUUACAGCGCGGCCAAGUCAGUUGCCUCCCAACAGAUUUCUGGGACGCCCAAACCCGUUCACGAACAGAUGUUUUCUUCUAUUGAUUCAGCAUAUUCGGGUGCGGUGGACGCGGCCAGUACCAGACUUGAUUCGGCUCGUAGUGCCGCCUCCAACCAAUAUUCUUCGCUGAGUAAGGGAGCCUCGAACGCCAUUCCGACCACGAAUCCUUUGGUUUCCGUGUCUUCGUUGGCUUCUUCGGUUCUGCAGAAUUCUUUGGCUGCAGCAUCGGAACAAUAUUCCAAGGCGAAGGUUGCUGUUGGUGCGACCCCAGCUCCCGCUCGUGAGCGGUAUCUUCAGGAAGCACGGAAGAAUUACUAUGCUGCCAUCGGUUUAGCUCAUGAACAAUACGACGACUUCGUCAAGGCUGCGUCUAGCGCGAUCUAUGGCACGCCCACUCCUGUCUUGAGCAGCAUGUCGAGUGUUGCAUCGGUUGCGAUGUAUGGAACCCCGGUUCCAGCAUAUCAGAGCCUCAUUGAUGCGGCCACCUCUCAGUACGCUGCUGCUUCCUCUGCAGCCGCAGCCAGUCUCGAUGCGUACAAAUCGUCAAUCAGCUCAGCAGCCACUCCAGGGUACAGUCUAUGGGAUGACGCAGUGGCAGCGUACUCCAAUGCCAUCGGAUCCGCCGGCUCCUCGCUCUCAUCGGCUUCGUAUGCUGCAAGCACUGCAAUUUACGGCACUCCUGUUCCGUACCACCAGAGUGUGUUGGACCAGGCUUCCUCACGGUACGAUGCUGCCACCUCUGCCGCCGCGGCUCAAAUGUCAAGCAUGCUUGGAUCCGCAUCUUCGGCAUUGGGUAAAAAUCAAGAUUCGCCGGCACCACGUGUGCUCAACGAGAUCUCGUCUCAGUACGAUGCUGCCGUGCAGGCGGCCUCUUCCUCGCUCUCUGCUGCUAGCUUUGCUGCAAGUAGCGCUGUUUAUGGUACAUCAACGGGCACUAUCGAGUCCUUGUCGAGUGUCGCCUCGGAAAACUGGGAAGCCUUGGUGUCUAAAGCUAGCGAGCAAAUCUAUGGUUCACCGAAACCGUUCUACGACGAAUGGGCCACCCAGGCAGGCGAGUACUCUGCCCAAGUCACCGACUAUGCAAACGACAAGUUUGUCAUUGUUCAAUCGUUUGUCUCCGAACUCGUCGUGGGGAAAGAGCCCGAUUUCACUGAGUCAGUGAUGAACAGACUCAGCUCUGCGUACUACGACAGCUACGCUUCGGCAUCAAGCCUUGCCAGUGAUGCCUACGAAUCCGCCUCGUCCGUGGCGUCUUCUGUGUCCUCUGUCGCAUCCGACUACUUUACCCCACCGCCUCAAGUCACAUCAGUCCUGGACACUGUGAAUGAGCAGCUCAGUUCGCUCGUUGAUGCAGCCAGCGUCCAGGUCUACGGCACUACGAAGGGGUCCGUUGAACAGGCCACAUCUGCAAUGGCUGAAUCAUACUCGUCGGUCAGCGCUGGCAUCAGUGAAGCGAUCUACGGAACUCCAGUCGGAUAUACUGAAGCGGUCCAAUCUUCGAUUGCCGACGUGGCCAAGAGCGCACAAGGUGCUCUUUCCGCUGCUAUAUACGGCACUUCGACUGGGACGGUAGAGUCUGUCACAAGUGUUGUUGCGGAUUCUUACUCAUCAGUCUCGUCGGCACUGGCUGAUAACUUAUCUGCUGCUGCAUCUGUGGUUGGAGAUGUGCCAGGUGGGGCGGCGAGUAUGGCCGAGAGCGUGCGAGCAAAGGUGUCUGAGGCCAUCUAUGGCCCGGAGCAGAGCGCAUUGGAAAGUGCUCAGUCAAGAGUCGCUGAGGCUGUAGAGAGCGCCCGAAGUGCCAUCGCCGCUAUGGCCAGUGCUGCAGGAGACAGUGGCUCGCAAGUUGCAGAUGCGAUCAGCAGUUCCGUCGAAGACAUGGCGAGUGCAAUCAGCAGCUCCGUCAGCAGUGCUACCGAUUAUGUCAAAGAUGAAUUGUGA